CUCAUCUUUCCUCAUCCCUAUACCAGAUCAAUCAAUCGAUGGAUCCAAUCGUCUCAGCACUGCUGCCCAGUUUCCGGCAGGUCCCUCCGGCAGCUAUUCCUCCCAUGCUGGAUUGUGUAUUGGCUUCCACAGCAUUAUCCCCCUCUUCGAUUUUUACUGCUCUUCUUGAAGAGUUCUCUCGCAUUUCCAUGGAACAAAUACCGGCUGAGCAGAACUUGGGGCUUGAACAACAUAAUUAUAUCGAAUCAUUUGUUGGUGCACUUUGCCAUCUUUUGAUGAAAUUGGGGCAUGAUAUUAAUUCCAUGCAGUUAUUUGUUUGGGAAGUUUUUAUGCCAUUGAUGAAAUUGGUUCAUUCAUUUGACCAUGAGCUGUUAAAUAAGGUUAUCGAUUCUUUUUUCAGAGUAGUCAUUGCAACGAACGCUUGGGAAAUGGUUGGAUUAAACAUCGUGCGCUUUUUGUUAAGAUCAAUUGGACUAUCAAUGGGUAUGCUUCAAAGUAAAGAGUUGGCUUUUUACAGAUGGAACUCACAUAUUGACAAUUUAGGUGGGAUCUGCUCUGGUAUUCAAUCUACCCAAGAUGCUUCUUGCAGUCUUAAAAAGGCUGAAAUGAAUUACAUCACACUGCUAUCUGAACCAAACCAUUUUCCAUUGCAUAUGUCAUGUUACGUAUUGGCUCAGAUAUUGGAGGUUGUACUGGAAAUGAUACAUGCAGUUGGAAUGACUUCUGAAUUGAAUGUGUCAGAUGGGUUCUGUUUGAAAGUAUUUGCAUCAAAUUUGGUUUGGGAUCUCUCUAGUGUGGCAACUGAAAUGCUUUUGAAAAGUUUGGAACAUCGGUCUUCUGCAAUUAACUUUCUGCUCCCUUCUGUAUUCAGAGCAUUUUAUUUUCAUUCUUCUUUUGAAGUCUCAAUCAUUGGAAAUAAAUACAUGCUUUCUAGGAACCGUAUUCUAGGUGACAUAUGGAAGAACUGCAAGGAUCUGUUCUCUUUGGGUCCAUUGGAGAGAAGGGAUGCGUAUGCAACACUUUCUUUGUAUUUCUCUUCCUUUGUUACUCAUAAGAAAGAAGAUUCACACUUCAAUAACAAUGAAACAGUGUUUGAUUUGAGAGAUCAGCCAGAAUUCUGGGAUGAAAUUAAAAAGGGCUUGGUCAAUAAGGAUACUUUAGUGAGGAAGCAAUCACUACAUACUCUUCAAAGAACAAUAAAUUUAAGCCGGGAAAACCAAUUUCACUCUAGUGUCAAUACCCUAGAAGGAAGGAGCUCUGCACCUAGUGGAAUGACAAAGAGAGAGCGGUGGGCUGAGGAUGAAGCCAAAUCCCUUGGGAUUGGUUAUAUAUGUAAUUCUACUGUUGCCUCUUCUAGCACUACACUGAAAUGGGAUGCAUUCUUUCUUUUGUAUGAAAUGCUUGAAGAGUAUGGUACACACUUGGUUGAAGCAGCAUGGAACCACCAGAUGACUUUUCUGUUGCAUUCUUCUCCAUCUGCAGAGAGUGUAUUGAACAGCAAGUCCCACCGAAUGUGUAUGGACACUUUAGAGGAAAUCUUUGGCUGGCUGAUUUUACUGUGGGAGCGGGGCUUUUGUCAUGAUAACCCUCAUGUAAGGUGCCUAAUCAUGCAGUCUUUUCUUGGUAUUGAGUGGAGAGAAUACGAGCGUUGUGCAGAUCUAAUUCCCCAGAAUUUCAUCUUUGGGCCCCUUAUGGAAGGGUUGAAUGACCCUGUGCACCACAAGGAUUUUGGUCUAAAAGGUGUUUAUUCUACAAGUGCAAUUGAAGCUGCAACCAAGUUUUUAUCUGUAUAUGCGAGCUUUCUGGAUCAAAGGGUAGCGUUCCUUAGGAGUUUGGCAUCUGUUGCUAAAACACACUCUUUUGGACGAGCUGGGCUAAUGUGCCUUGUGAAGUGUAUAACUUCUGCUUCUUGUGGAGUUAAAAAACACAGCAAUUCUGGAAAUGUUCAAGAAAAUGGCGUCAUGCACAGAUCUGCACAAGAUAUUUCUACAGACAAAGCUGUAUUUCUGGAUUUGUGCAGAUUUUUUGUUGAAAGCAGUAGACAACAUUUCAAUCCCACUUACCGGCAUCAAGUUUGCAAGGAAAUUCUUGAUGCUGCUUUGUCGGUGAUGUCUCCAAAUGAUGUGCCUCUUGAAACCUUACUGCUUUUCAUUUCAAGCUUGCCACGGGAAUUGACAGAUAAUGGAGGUUCAUUAAGAUUAAAAGUGAAGACGUGGCUACAGAGUUGCAGGAUGCGUCUCACUUCAAAUUGUGACAACACAGAUCAACUUUUGCAGUUAUUAUGUGGUUUCCCAUCAAGGUUUAUAAGCUGUAGUAAUAUGUUACAUAGUUUUGUCACAUAUGAUGAUGAAGACCUGGACAUUUGGGAAUAUGAAGCAAAAAGAUGGGCAAGGGCACUUUUUCUCGUAAUCAAGGAGGAAAAAGACUUGGAUUCCAUAUUAAUGUUUAUUCAAGGAUAUGGCGCUGAUCUCUGUGAGCAGAAAACUUUUUUGGAGUGGAUACCUGUAAAGUUUCUCAUCCUUAUUUUGAGUUUGGUUUACGAACUGCAACUAAUCCAAGAUAGAGCAGACCAUAGCUUUGCGAGCAUAAUAUUAAAAGCAGUUGACUCACAUGAAAAAGCAGUUGAAAUUCCUAUGAAAAAGGAUUCUCAUAUUUUUGAGAGAUUUGCGAGAUCAUUUUGUACGUUACUGGAUUCCCUGGUCUCAUUUGCCAGGUUAUCAUGUAACAUUUUUUACUCCAGAAAUGUAAUAGAAGUCGGAGAUCUGCCUGGUUCUAUAAAAGGAAGGCUGGGGGGUCCAAGCCAGCGUCGGAUGCCAUCUUCUAUCGCCAGACCUGUAUUGCUAGCUAUUACAGCCAUAAAAUCUAUAGCAUCUAUCUCAAGGUGGUGCAUUCAAUUCAAAAAAGAUGCUUCAGUUGAAUUUGCUGUAACCUUCCUCUGGAAUGUCUGCUGGGAGGUUAUUACAUUCUCAUCUUUUAACUCAGAGAUUGAAGCAGAGAUCUCUCUAGCAGCCUAUGAAGCAGUGGGCAGUGCUUUGAAAGAAAUGACAUCCAUAUUUGCUCAUGUAUCAUUGGAUCCUUUAAAAUUUAAUGAUGGUUUCUCUCAAUCAGAAGCACAUGACAAACUGAAUUUGGAUUCUUUUAUUAGUACUUUUCUUCCGCACAUAAAUGGUUUAGUUUGUUGUGGAAUGUUAGUCCGCACAAGGCGAGCUGUUUUGUUGCAUUGGAAGUGGAUAUGCCUUGAAGCUUUGCUGUCCAUUCCUAAAUUUGCUUUACAAAAUGGAGUUUGCCUGGGAAACAAAAUGUUCUUCUUAUCCACUGACAUGCUAAGAUGGGCUUUCAAUGAUCUUGUGGACAACCUUGAGAAUGCUGGUGAAGUCUCUGUUCUGCCAAUGCUAAGAUCAGCCAGAUUGCUAUUGGAGCUGUUUGAUUGGGGACAUCGGGGGUUAAUGGGUUCUUCUUGUGCUGGGAUAAAUACUGAGAUGAUGUGGAGGUUGGUGCACUCUUCAUGGAUCUUACAUGUGAGCUGCAAUAAGCGUAGAGUUGCUGCAGUUGCUGCACUUCUUUCUUCUGUAUUGCACUAUGCAGUAUUUAGUGAUAAUGACAUGCAUGAGGUGGAUAGUGCUCAUGGGCCUUUGAAAUGGUUUGUACAGAAAAUUCUCGAAGAAGGCACUAAAAGUCCACGCACUAUUCGCUUAGCUGCAUUGCAUUUAACUGGUCUCUGGCUCGCAAACCCUAAUAUCAUAAAGUACUACAUAAGAGAGUUAAAGCUGUUAACUCUAUAUGGUUCUGUUGCAUUUGAUGAGGAUUUUGAAGCUGAAUUGUCUGAAAAUCAAGAUGCAAAAAGUGAAAUAGCUGUGCUGGCUAAAAGUCCGGACCCUGAGCUGACUGAAGAGUUUAUCAACACAGAAUUGUAUGCACGCGUAUCUGUUGCUGUUUUGUUCUAUAGACUGGCAGAUCUUGCAUGUAUGGAAGGAAUGACCGGAGAAAACAAAGAUGGAAGUGCUGCCCUUUCUUCUGGCAAAAUGUUCUUGCUGGAACUCAUUAAUUCUAUGGUCCAUAGACGCAAAGUUCGUGCAUGCCAGAUGAUUUGCAUUUUGUCACGAUUUGUUGAUCAGGAUAUUGUGCAUGGAGUUACACACAAUCUUCACGCAUGUCUCUAUAUAAACAAUUUGCCUUCUGUUCGGCAGUACUUGGAAACAUUUGCAAUUCAUAUAUACAUGAAGUUUACGUCACUGGUUAGGGAAGAAUUAGUUCCGCUUCUUCGAGAUUCUAAAAUGCGACCCCAGGCUUUAUCUUCUUAUGUGUUUAUAUCUGCUAACAUAAUCCUGCAUUCAACUGGAGCUGCACAAUCUGAAAGGCUUAGUGAAUUACUUCCUCCUAUAAUUCCUUUGUUGACAUCUCAUCAUCAUACAUUGCGUGGUUUUUCCCAGCUAUUAGUUUACAAAGUCCUGCAAACACUGUUGCCAACAAAUGCUAGUUACACUAUGGACCUGCCUCUAGAGAGAAAAUGCUUUGAGGAUCUUAAACUAUAUUUGAAGAACAAUCUUGACUGUGCACGGUUAAGAGCUUCAAUGGAAGGAUAUCUUGAUGCUUUUGAUCCACAGAAAUCUAUUAUGCCAGCUGGAAUUUUCAGCACUCGAGUUGAGGAUCUUGAGUUUGAAUGCGUGCCGGUAACCCUUAUGGAUCGUGUAAUAAGUUUCCUAAAUGAUGCUAGGGAUGACCUUAGGUCUUCAAUGGCUAAGGAUGUUACAACUAUCAAGGAAGAAAGUUUACGUAUUAACGAGGAUGUUAGGUGCAAUGAGUUGUCCGUAAAUCUAUCAGUUAACCCGCCGAUGUCUUUUCCAGAGGAUUUAUCAUUUGAUUUUCAGCGAAAACUUACCUUUUCCAAGCAUGAGAUGCAAGACUUGACUUCAACUAUCUCCUUGGAUGAUAAAGGAUCAUAUCAAUCGCUUCUUGACAUGGAAAAGGAAGACCAGCUUCUUGAUAAAGCCCUACAUAUAAGAACUGUAGCUUUUGAGAAGCUCAAGAAAAGUCGACAAGAUAUUAUCCUUGUAGCAUCACUUAUUGAUCGAAUACCUAAUCUUGCUGGUUUAACACGGACUUGCGAGGUAUUUAGAGCAGCCGGACUAGCGAUUGCAAACAAAGAUGUACUAAAAGACAAGCAGUUUCAACUCAUCAGUGUUACUGCUGAAAAAUGGGUCCCCAUUCUAGAAGUGCCUGUAAGUAGUAUCAAAACAUUCUUAGAGAAGAAGAAGCGCGAGGGUUUCUCCAUUUUGGGUCUGGAGCAGACUGCAAACAGCAUAUCUCUUGACCAGUAUGUCUUUCCCAAAAAGACGGUUCUGGUCCUUGGCCGAGAGAAAGAAGGUAUACCAGUGGAUAUUAUCCAUAUAUUGGACUCUUGUAUUGAGAUACCUCAGCUUGGAGUGGUUCGUUCUCUCAAUGUCCAUGUCAGCGGCGCCAUUGCUCUUUGGGAAUAUAGUCGCCAACAAAGAUCCCAAAAACCUCUUUCAUAGAACAAUUUGUGAUUCUCGUUUUUUUGUUAUUUGUCGGUCACAACGAGCUUUCGAGUCUGUUUUAAUCAGAGUUAAGUGUGGGUAAAAUUGAAGGGUGUUUGUUGUUCGGUCACAACGAGCUUUCGAGUCUGUUUUAAUCAGAGUAAAGUGUGGGUAAAAUUGAAGGGUGUUUGUUGUUGGGAUAGUGAAGUUGAAUGAUCUGUCAUUGUAGUGAAAUAAAAAUUGUACUCUAGU